CGAGCGCUGGGCGUCGGGCGAGCGUCUGCGCGGAGGUGAGUGCCGUGCUGUGUGUGGGACCGUCGCGCCGAGCUCGUGUUUCUCGCUCUAUUCACACCCUCAGCGUCGCUGUCAUCCCGCUGUCAUGGAUCCCGCAUUCGAAGGAGCUGGCUCUGAAGAGGGCACGCAGAUCUGGAGGAUUGAGAACUUUGAGGUUGUCCCAUACCCAAAGGAGAAGUAUGGACAGUUCUACCAAGGAGAUGCAUACAUUGUCCUCCAUACCAUUGAUGUCAAAGGGACUAAGAAGUGGGACCUGCAUUUCUGGCUUGGAUCCGAAUGUUCUCAGGAUGAGGCAGGAGCAGCUGCCAUCAAGACGGUAGAGCUUGAUGACCAACUCGGGGGCGUUCCUGUCCAACACCGAGAAGUGGAAGGCCAUGAGUCUUCCCUAUUCCUCGCCUGGUUCAAGAAGGGUGUGAGGUACCUGAAAGGAGGUGUUGCCUCAGGCUUCCAUCAUGUUGACCCUGAUGAGCCGUACCCAGCCCGCCUGUUCCAUGUUAAGGGCCGUAGAAACAUCCGCAUCAGACAGGUUGAAGUUGGUGUUGGGUCCAUGAACAAGGGUGACUGCUUCAUCCUUGACUGCCGCUCUGAGGUGUACGUGUACAUGGGCUCGGCAAGCAGGAGGAUGGAGAGAAUGAAGGCCAUUAUGGCUGGCAAUGCCAUUAGGGAUGAUGACCAUGCCGGCAAGUCCAAGGUGGUUGUUAUCGAUGAAAGUGCAUCAUCAAGUGAGGUUGAAGCAUUCUUCGAGGCUCUUGGCGGCGGCUCCCCUGAUGACAUUGCUGAGGAGGAUGCUGCGAUGGAGGAUGCUGCCUUCGAGCGCUCAGAGAAUAAUGUGAUAACACUGCACCACGUGUUUGAAGAUGAUAACAACAUCAUCCAGACCAAUCUCAUUGGAGAAAAGCCCCUUCUUCAGAGCAUGUUGGACUCUGGGGAAAACCAGCAGGACUGCUUCAUUCUGGAUACAGGCGUCAGUGUCUACGUCUGGAUUGGCAGCGGAUCCAGCAAGAAGGAGAAGGUCAAGAGCAUGGAGAUGGCGGCUGGAUAUAUGGAACAGAAGGGCUAUCCAAAGUGGAUGAGUGUGCAGCGUGUUGUUGAGAAGGCUGAGCCUGCAGUUUUCAAGUCCUACUUCAAGAUGUGGAAGGAGCCAGAGGAAACAGUUGGUCUCGGCCGUGUCUUCACCCAGCGACAGAUCUCAACUGUUUCUGUACCUGAAGUUGACUUUGAUGUCAGCAGUCUUCAUUCUGAGAAACGUCGCUUGCUGAGGAAGAACGCUGGUCCAGCCUUUGGCUUUAUGCCAGAUGACGGUUCAGGCAAGAUUGAGAUUUGGCGAGUGGAGGACUUUGAGCUGCAGCCUGUUGAUGAAGGAACUCAUGGCUUCUUCUUUGGUGGCGAUUCCUAUGUCAUCAAGUAUACAUAUGAAAUUAAUGGACAAGAAAAAUACAUCAUCUAUUUCUGGCAGGGCGUCGCUAGCAGCCAGGAUGAGAAGGCUUCCUCAGCAAUCCAUGCCGUCCGUCUUGACAAUGAACUUAAUGGAAAGGCUGUCCAAGUACGUGUUGUUCAAGGCUACGAACCUGCUCACUUCCUGAGGAUGUUCAAGGGCCGUAUGGUGGUAUUCCUUGGUGGAAAGGCCUCUGGAUUCAAGAAUGUACAUGACCAUGACACUUAUGAUGCUGAUGGAACCCGCCUGUUUAGGGUGAGGGGAACCUGUGACUUCGAUACAAGAGCUAUUCAGAUGCCUGAAGAGGCUUCAUCUCUUAAUGGCGAUGAUGUCUUUGUCCUGGAGACACCAGGUGCUACCUACCUUUGGAUUGGUCAGGGAGCCAGUGAAGAAGAGAAAGCCAUGGGGGCUCGUGUGGCAGAGUUGGUGUCUCCUGGACGUGAUGUACAGGAAAUGGCUGAAGGAGGUGAAGAUGAUGGCUUCUGGGGUGCUCUCGGAGGCCAGGCAGACUACCAGAAGGCUCGUGACCUUGACAAGCCACUCCUGUAUCCUCGCCUCUUCCACUGCACCAUUUCUCCUGCUGGCUGCUUGAGGGUCAAUGAGGUUUCCAACUUUGGCCAGGAGGAUCUUAAUGAAGAUGAUGUCAUGGUCCUUGAUUCUGGUGAUGAAGUGUAUGUGUGGAUCGGAAGGGGUUCAGACGACCAGGAGAAGGAAAAGGCAUUCGAGAUGGCAGAGACUUACAUCAAGACCGACCCGACAGAGAGAACCUUGGCUUCGACGGUGCUCCUUCGCGUGAACCAAGGAGAAGAACCAGCCGCCUUCACCAGCAUUUUCCCGGCAUGGAACCCGGACAUGUGGGAGCACCUCAACAGAGCUGAGAAGGAGUUUCAUAAGAGGUCACAAAAAACGUCUCAAAAGUCUUCUAGCUGGUGCUGUUGCCAAUGAGUAAGAAGAAAUGGUUUCCUACGAUGAUAUGAAGGCACAGCUGGCCGAAAUGAAUGCAGCAGUAGAGUAAUAAACUAAAUGGGGUGUCUCCUUCAGAAGAAAGUAUUAUUUGAAUGGCCAAAAACACAAAAGAGGCUGUUACUUGCAAAUCUAAUUGGUUUUCACUCUUGUCUAAGUUAGCAACUUGAGUGUAAUGUAAUUAUUUUUAGUAUUUGCCUAUACUUUUUAUGUGCACUAAUUCAUAAUUAUCUAAUGUGAUUUUUUAGUGUACAUAUGUCAAAAGCACAAAAUAGAAAAGAGUGGAAUGCUUUAA